AAAGAAAAAAGUAUGACAUAAGCAAGCCAGACACCUUUUUUUUUUUUCAAAACAUGUUUAAAACUUUACAAAAAUGUAAAGAAUUCACUGCCCAGCAUUGAUUUCUGUAAAUAAUUGGCCAUUUCUACGAAACUGCAGAUGGCAUGUUUUCGGCAUUCCAAAAUUGUGAGCAAAGUUAAACAAUCUGUAGUACUGAUCUAAUCUUGGGAAUUUGGAGGAAAGGCUUCUUUGUGUUCAAUUUCACGCUCUAGUUUUGAGCAUUGAAUUGCUAAAUCAAAUUCAGUUCACAUAGUUUCAUCAGGAUUUCCUACUUUGUACUUUAUUCAUUACACAUUCAUUCAUGACCAUAUGAUCUAGGUCAGUUUGAAUUUCAUGUUAUACAGAAUCUCACCAGAGAAACAGUUUACUGUGAGUAUGGCAUCUAGAUAUUUACUUAUGACAGCUUAUUAAGAUCGCAUGGCGUUCACCUUUCUGGUUAAUUCUUUAUUGCACUUUUCACAAGAUCAGAAAAAGUGAUCCAAAAUUUGGCUUUUGUGUAUUUUAUGUGACUUUUAGUUAUCAUGUGCAAUACUGUUGGCUAGAACAUUAGUGACAACACACAUUAGCAUAAUCAGUGCUGGCUUAAAAAUUACUAAUCCUAGCUAGCAUUAGCCACCAUUGAAUAUUGAGAAGUGAAGUGACUGAAAUGUGCUAAUAUAUGAAUUUCCUACUUUCCAACAUCAUUGGAAUUAUUCAGACUGCUACGACCUUCCAAUCAGUAGUCCAAUGUCUUAACCUCUGAGCUACCAUUAUCCUUUUAACUAUUAUUUUCUUAACUUUAUAACCAACAAUAUACUAAUUACCUAGCCUGUCACCUUCAAAAUGAUAUACUUUUGAUAUACUAUACUGUACAAGUUUUAUCCAAAACUUCAUGAACUUUCACAUAAAAAUGACAGUACAAAUGGGGACUGGGUGUCACAUGGGAAAUGAAAGUAGAAUGAGGGUGUUUCGCUUGUCUCUCAGCAGCCCUUCCGUCGGUGUGAACAGUUUGGCCAAACUUGUAUCCCUCGAAUGUGUUUUUGUUCUUGAGGAGAAAGGCCCCAGGAUGUGGCUGCUCAAAGGCAGUAGAAGUGGCUUCCUGCUGGGGGAAAUGAUCAAAAAUUUCAGACAAGCCCCUCAUGGAGGGAUGAAUUAUGCACUCUGACUCUCACAGGUCUUUGCACACUGAGCACAGUCUCCCAUCAUAGGCAGAUGUAAGGGUCAACACAUGCAUUGCAUGGACAGCUGGAACGGUUAGAGCUCGGCGGUGUGAACAGCUAAAUGUUCAACCCUUCAAAUGUCUUUCACGUGGGAAUGUCAUAGAAAUCAUGUUUAUGAACCUGACAAAUGGAAGCUGCCACAUUCCACUGGAGACAGAUCGGGUUGGACUAACCUACAUCUACAGCCUAGCUUUCUCUCUGGGUCUGCCAGCAAAUCUGCUUUCACUGUGGGGACUUUACCAGCUGGGCCGCUCAAGCGGAGCUGGCACUCAGCUGGUUUAUAUCCUCAACCUCCUGCUCUCAGAUCUUCUUCAACUGCUCACCUUGCCUCUGUGGAUCCUCUAUCUUCAGAGAGAUCAUCGCUGGCCCUAUGGUUCCAUCGCAUGUCAGUUGGUGGGCUAUGUCUUCUACGUGAACAUAUAUGCAAGCAUCGCCUUUCUGUGUCUCAUAGCAAUGGACCGCUGUCUGGCCAUUGUAUACCCAUUAAGCAGCCGUCGUAUGAGGAAUGUACGGCUGUCUGCGUUCUCUGGAGUGGUCGUCUGGACUCUUGUGUUCCUGUUCUGUCUAAUUGGUCUCUACCCAUCUGUAUUUGAGCCCCAGGAGGGUUUGUGUCUGGAGCACUAUCCCGUCACUCCAAGAUACGCAUACUUUAAAAUAGCCACGGUGGUCCUGGGUUUCCUGAUGCCAUGCUCUAUACUUGGCUGCACUUCUGCCAGAAUCGGGAUAACACUCCACAACUCCCCCUCCAUCACUGAUCAUGAGCGCAACAAAAUUGUGGGCACCCUAACGGUCAUCACCAUCAUUUUCAUCGUGGUCUUCGGCCCUUAUCACAUGGUGGGCGGUUAUAGAUUCGUAGCGCUGCUUCUAACUGAAGACCAGUGUGCACUGGAACGCUCUAUCUACCUGUACUACAGGAUCUGCUACGGACUAACCAGUCUAAACACACUGUUAGAUCCCCUCUUCUAUAUUUUCCUUUGUCAGAAUGCUCGUCUUGAGCUCCAGAGAUCUCUCCCCUGCCUUGCAUGCUCACGUAGGUCUGAGGGUCCGUGACUUUUGACCAGGAAUAUGUGUAGUUGCCAGGGGCAGACUGGUUUUUUUGUGUUAACAAAAAAAAAAGCCUGCAGGUUGUUUUUAUGAAGAAAAAAUAAAGAUGCUUAAAAGGCUUAUCUGGGGAUUUUUGACUGAUGGCCUGUCAGAGCUCUGAUUGCAUCUGUUGUGUUACUGGGUCUGCUGGAAUGAGAGACAUACAGAUGCUACGUGUCAGGCAGUGAUAUGCAGUUCUAUGAUGACAACACCUUCAGCCAAGCAUGCAGGUUCUGAAACCAAAUAAAAAGUUUCAUGUUAGCAUGUAUGAAUUGUUCAAAUGUCUUAUGCGUCAUAUUCAGUAAAAUUUAUGCUCUUAAUCAGGCAGCAUUCUACAAAUAUUAUUCAUUUUUCAGACAUGUGCACAAACAGUACCGUUCCUAGGAGUGAAAAUGUGCAUGUACUUUAUUUACCAUAGUGGGUUUUUUUUUUUUUUAGGAUUUCUAUACAUUUAUGAUUUUUAAACUACCUUUACCAAACUGAAAUAAAAUGUAUGUUUUUUUUUUCA